CAACUUGGAUUUCUCAUUAUCAACAGUGCUCAACAUCUCAUCUCUUCUUCCUCCCAUGGGAGUAGAUUUACACAUAUAGUUUUAUUAAGUUCACUUUCUAGAUUAAUAUCGGUUCAAAUACUUAUCUCAAACUCCCAAAAAAAUUCAGAUUUACAUUAAGCAAACAGUUUGGUUUAGUGCACAAUCUUCAUUUUCUUUCCCUUCUCAUCUUUUCUUCUUCAACUUUAAAAACCCUAAAUAUCUUCAACUCAUGGAUGUAAUAGCUACUUCAGCUACUAUAGUAUCCCACCUGGAUUCGCAGCAACCCGUGACCCAAGCUCCGACCCGGAUACAGCCCGCGAAGCCUAUUUCUUUCUCCAACGGGAAGCAUCACCACGACCACCAGCAUCAUGCGUCUCAAGUGGUGGUUGCUGCUUAUAAAGAGUGUCUCAAGAACCACGCCGCUGGAAUCGGCGGUCACGCUUUAGACGGUUGCGGCGAGUUUAUACCGUCGCCGACGUUUAACACCAGCGACCCGACUUCACUAACAUGCGACGCCUGCGGUUGCCACCGUAACUUUCACCGCCGUGAAGACGAUCUAUCUGCUGUUUCAGCUGCCGUCCCGAGGAUAGAGUUUCGUCCUCAUAACCGUCACCAGCUUCCUCCGCCGCCGCUACCUCCGGUGGGAGUUGGAAGUCAAGACGACGAUGAUCCUGCUUCUCCUCCGCCGAUCUCGUCCUCUUAUAUGCUUCUUGCACUCUCCGGAGGAGCCACGGCGGCUCCGGUGUCGAGGAAGCGUUUUAGGACGAAGUUUAGUGAGUUUCAGAAGGGGAAGAUGUUCGAGUUCGCGGAGAGAGUUGGGUGGAGGAUGCCGAAAGCGGAUGACGUGGAUGUGGUGGAGUUUUGUCGGGAGAUAGGAGUUGAGAGGAGUGUUUUCAAAGUGUGGAUGCAUAACAACAAGAUUCCAGGACGCGGUGGCGGAGCUAGAAGAGCUAACGGAGACGGAGGAGGAGGAGACGGUCGUGAGAGUGUUCCGACAAACGGGUCGUUUACUUCAACGUGAAGUAAGAUAAUGGCAACAUCGUCGUUUGUUUGGUAGCUAGUUCUUUUGGUUUCUCUUUGUUUGUUUUUGCUUUACGCUUAUUUUAUUUUUAGUCAACGGGUCAGAUCUGUGUGUUCUGUUCAGAUGAAACUAUCUUGUGUUUUUUCUUAAUAGUUUACUAUUGUUAGAGAGGUGAUAUGAGAGGUGUAGCUUUCGACCGAAUACGAGAAAGAUAAAAAGAUUAACCUCUAAAUUCUAAACUUUUAAUAACAACAUGAUAUCCAUGAAACCA